UCGCAGAAGGACAAGCUACCAGUUACAAGAUGAUUCUCGAGGACACCGUAAAGUUUCGCAAGAGUGCUAAGACCCCCGAGGACGUGGCGCAAUGGCGCUUGACGUACAACUUUAUCAUCGAGACGAAGUUUUUCCUCGCGCGCUACGAUAGCAUCGUGGAAACGUGGGAUCUGUGUGAUAAGCAAUUUCUCAUGAAUCUAUGGAAUAUCGAAGAGCUUCUUACAAACUUGCUGUACAAGUAUACAACCGUAUCGACCGAUUACAUCAGGCACAGUAGACUGCCGAAGGUGGAAAUAAAAUGUUGCGAUCAUUUGUUUGAAAGCUCUAAGGAUCUACACAAGCAUUACUACACCGUACAUCAUACUCCUGGGCGAGUGGACGAUGUUCGGUUUUGUGAGAUGAAAGCUGGGCUGUUGAAGCUAGAAUUCUACAAGAACAGUCUGAAAUAUUACCUUGAGUUUGGAAAUUGGUGUGACCAUGUGUUGUGUUUGUACUUGAAGAAAAUCUAUCGAAAGGUAAAUUUUACGCUGGAUCCAUUCAGAGAUGAACCAGUACAGGUUCCGGUUCCAGUUGCGGCACAGUCAGAGGAGCCACAACCAGAAGAUAUUUAA